AUCUGCAUACAUUCUGCCCAACGGGCAGAUAGGGUCGUGCUUGCCGUGGCAGCUGCAGGCAGGAUGUGACAUUGAUGAUAGUCACAUGUGGUCACGUCACCAUCUCAGCGGUAAACGUGACGAUCCCCGACUCUGUCCGUUUGGUUCGUCAUCUUUCUUCGUCCCAUAUCAUCAUGUUGCGAGUUCAAAAGGCUUCACAACGAACUCUGGUUCGUCGUUUGAGACCAGCAACAUGGCACGCUGCUCGUCGCGGGUUGGCAACAGCUUCCGAGCCUUAUGACACUGUAAUUAUUGGUGGGGGUGAGUAUGCAGUUCCUGCGUUUCUGGUGUGUCUGCGAGUAUUCUUUGGCGUGCAUGUGUGCUAUUGCCUUGCAGAUUUUCUGAACACUCAAAACAUUUGUGAAUACCCCUCUUGCACGGGGGCAUGGGUUAUAGACUGGGGUAUAGGCCUGCUUGGAGGUCUCAUUGUUCGACGAGUGUAGCUUCGGUGGUCUCUGGUGAUGCAAUGCUACACGGCCAAGCACUGUCCCGGAGGAUACGUAGCUGCGAUCAAAGCUGCUCAGAAAGGUCUGAAGACAGCAUGCAUCGAAAAACGCGGAGCCCUAGGUGGUACUUGUUUAAACGUCGGCUGUAUUCCCUCAAAAGCAAUGCUACACAACUCGCACCUGUACCACCAGACAAAAACUGAUCUGCAACGUCGGGGCAUUGAAGUCUCCGAUGUUUCCCUGAACAUUUCACAAAUGCUGAAGGCAAAGGAAGACGCCGUAACCAGUCUCACGAAGGGUAUUGAGGUCCUCUUCAAGCAAAACAAGGUCGACUACAUCAAGGGAACCGCAUCCUUCCUGUCACCUACUCGUCUUUCAGUGCAGCUGAAUGAGGGUGGGGAGGCAGAAGUUGAGGCAAAGAACAUCAUCAUCGCGACGGGUUCUGACGUCACGCCUUUCCCCGGCGGCGCGAUUGAGAUUGAUGAGGAACAAAUUGUAAGCUCGACGGGUGCCCUCUCAUUGCCGCAGGUCCCUGAGAAGAUGGUCGUCAUUGGCGGUGGUGUCAUCGGACUCGAAUUGGGCAGCGUUUGGAGUCGCUUAGGUGCGCAGGUGACGGUAGUAGAGUUCUUGGGUGCCAUCGGGGGCGCUGGUCUCGACGAGGAGAUGGCGAAGCAAUUCCAGCGAUCGCUGGCGAAGCAGGGCCUCAAGUUUUUGUUGAACACCAAGGUCCUCUCGGCUGAGAAGAAGGAUGGCAAGGUGUACAUCAAGACGGAGUCCGCGAAGGGUGGAAAGGAGGAUACGCUCGAAGCAGACGUUGUCCUUGUUGCUGUCGGCCGUCGUCCCUAUACCGAGGGUCUCAACCUUGACAAGAUUGGUGUAGAGUUGGACACGAAAGGCCGCGUGGUGAUCGACGACCAAUUCAAUACCACCAUUCAGGGCAUCAAGUGCAUAGGCGACGUCACCUUUGGACCUAUGCUUGCGCACAAGGCAGAGGAGGAAGGUAUUGCCGCUGUCGAGUAUAUCAAGAGCGGCCAUGGUCAUGUCAACUAUCUCGCGAUUCCCUCAGUUGUAUACACACAUCCUGAGGUCGCCUGGGUUGGCAAGACCGAGCAGGAGCUGAAGGCAGCUGGUGUCCAGUACAAUAUUGGCAAGUUCCCCUUCGCUGCCAACUCGCGUGCGAAGACAGUCCUCGAUACCGAGGGUCUAGUCAAGCUCAUCUCGGAGAAGGAGACUGACCGCGUGCUUGGUGUUCACAUCAUCGGCCCCAAUGCUGGUGAGAUGAUCGCGGAAGGUGUACUUGCCGUUGAGUACGGUGCCAGUGCCGAAGACAUUGCCCGCACUUGCCACGCUCAUCCGACGCUCAGCGAGGCGUUCAAGGAGGCUGCCAUGGCUGCAUAUGACAAGGCUAUCCAUUUCUAAUCGCCGUGAUUCGGGCACAUAGAAGCUUCGGAUGUUGACAGUAUCGUAACUACCAGUGCAUUGUUUUUAGCUACACUGGUCUAAUGCCGAAAUAUUCAAUUAUCAACUAAGUUGCACUUUGACAUCGAAACAAAGUGUUGAAGAUACUUUGAG